UUUAAGCCGCUUGGCCCUCCUCUUCUAAGCCUUUUGAGGCGUCUUCAUUCUCUAUUCGACCUCAUUCAACGCAUCUCGGGCAAAUUGCCGCUUGCUUGUCAUCAUGCAGACCUCAUAUCAAGGUCAGGCACAAGGCCGCAAUAGUCCGACGAUGAGAAGGCCAUCAGAACAAAGCUCCAAUCCCGACUAUUCAACAGUGCAAUCCGAAGCAUCAGCAUCAAGUCUCUACCGCGCUCCAACCUGGGCAAAGAACAUAAACUUCGACGGAAACUUCAAUCUUGAUCAAUCACAACCAAAUUCAACUCCAGCCGCUUCAGGAACGCGCAAUUCAUCUUUUGCUUCUCCCAUUUCAAUGGUAGGUGUGGCAUUGGGUGGUGAUUCCGAUUUUAAUGGGCUAAGCACUUCAUUCGAUUCUCGUAGACCUUCAGCUGCAACAAGUGCAGCACGAAACUCUAGUGGAGUGGAACAUUCACCCUUUGUUUCAUCUCAUUCACGACAAGGAAGUGGUCAAAUGGGCGCAUAUGGAUCUCCAUUGAACAAACAGUCAAACAGGCAAUCCAUCUUGGCCUCUUCCGCAAGAUUGGCUAAUCAUCAACGAGCAACUUCAUCCUCUUCAUUGGGAGCAACUGUUCCAAUUUCUGCAUCUGAAUCCGCACGACCCUCGAUGCCAUCCCAGCCACAUUCUUCAGCUGACUUAUAUGCCGUUGCAAGCACGCAACAGGAAAGCAGGCCAAGUACUUCAAUGAGCAUGAUCAGUGGCAGUGGUGGUGAACAUAGUGAUUCGGCUAGAAAUAAGGACCUCAAGCGUGCUUCCGUUCUGUCAUUCCAAACAGCUUUGAGUGGCAUGGGAGGAUAUGCAAGUAAUGAUGAAGCGAAUGGCGCACCUGAGCUAGAACAUUUGGAUGAUGCAAUGCCUCGUAGACCAUGGUUGCAAGGCGCAGAUAAUUAUAGCCGAAGUGGUACAUCGUCAUACAGCUCGUCACCAGAUGACCGACUUCCUGGAGGAUGGAGAGGUCGUGCUUGGCUUAACGAAGCAGAUACAAUCCGGGCAAAUUCUCCUGGCGCAUCCAAUCCAGCAGCAGGAAAUCGAAUUGGUGGAGGAAGAACGCCUUCUCAAUCACCUCGUUUGCUGCUCUCUCCUCUUGUUGAUGAUUCGAGCCGGAAGCGCAUGUCAACCACAUUUGGCCCUUCUAGAUCACCGACGCUGCCCUCCAAAGAUCUUCCUUUGCUUACGCCAGAGUCCGCUUAUGCCGAUUCAACAAUCAUACAAAGUCCACGCAACAAUAAACUGCUCUCGCCAAAUACGACUCAAAUUGGUCUGAUGAGCCCAUCUUCGGCAACAUCAACGAUCGAUGCAGCUCAAGGCAUAUCAGCCAAUGCACCUACCGCUCGAUCAAAUGAAACUAUAGCCCAGCCCAAGCGUCAGAAUACAUUCUCUACAAUCACACCGGAUGUUUCAGAAAACAGAUCUCCGACUCCGCUCGGUGAUAUUGCGCCUGACGCCAGACCAAUACUCGAUACUUCUGCUGCCGAAAUGGAGCGCAUGAUCGAUGAUACUCCGCCGCCAACGCUGCCCGAGAAGAGUUCUCCCCCUGUACCAUCCAAAGAUACGGAGAAGGCUUUAUCAUCUCCUCCUCUGUCGGAUGAUAUCAUUCCAUCACCGUUGCCUAUUAAAGCUGCUCAGCCAUCGCAAAAUGUCGCAAUGACACCAAAUGCUUUGGAAUCAACGUCACCAAUCACAGAUUAUCGAGCCAAACCGUUGGGAAGAUUACCUGAUUCAACAGAUGAGGCAUUGGAGAAGAGGCAAUCACAACAAGAAGCGACGCAAGCAGUACAUCAAAGGAAACCUUCACGAGAUGCUGCAGUGUCUUUAACGCCUAUUGGUGCUGGAGUGGGUGCACAUAAUGCUUCAAGAGGAAGGAGUGAUUCUAAUCCAGCUUUCGCAGUACUGAUGCGUGGUGAACAGAAUGGCAUUGCUGCAAACAGUGCGCCUCGUGCUGCUUUAGCAGAAGGUCCAUCUGCCCCACCUGUUGAAGCCAGGGCAGCAUCCCCUGCAAGUAUCGAAACACCACCUCGUGAACCAAGUCCGCCACCAGAGGGAGAAGUUGAAGCAAGAGCAGAAUGGGAACGGGCACAAAUGCGAAAGUAUUCCGAACAGAACAAAGAACGUACUUCACGAAAGAGUACUUUCCGCGGACAAUUGAAGCCUUUACAAUUGGUUGCAGCUGAAGAAGCCAAACAAAAUAAUCGCAAAAGUAUGGCAUCUUGGUCAAAGCCCGAACAAGGAUCUCCAGCUUUGUCUGCAACGAAAGCUGGACAAAAGGCAGCUGUGAAUGGCGACCGAAGGCUUGAAGGUGUACAAAGUCCAGAUUUGUUAAACGCAUCUCCACUUCAAUCUGCCAAUAAGACCGGCGAAGUAUUGAGCACGCAACAAUUACAAAAGAUGUCUGCUCGUGAUUCUCGUUUAAGUACAUCGAUGAUCAAUAUGGCCAACGGUGUUACGGAGGUAGGAGGUGCAUAUCCAGUCUUUGCAUCUCCCAACCUUUCUGCUUCUGUACCAGGUGGUGCACCUGGCCUUCGACAAUAUUCUGGUAUUAUGCCUCAACGAAGUCUGGUGCCUCCGUUUGAGCUACAAAACAGACCAGACGGUUUACCUUCUGCUUUGACCGGUCCAGACGGUAUUCGACGCAAUCCAAACGAUCCAGACGUUUGUUUGGAAUGUAUGAUGCGAGACGAGGAUAUGAUCGAUGUGCAUGUCUUGGGAACUGGCUUAUGGGAGCGUGAAAGUGAUCGAGAAUUUGAUGAAGCCUGUAGGAUUGAAGCAGAAGAUGACAGCCGCAAGGAGACAUCAGUACAUUCUCAUGGUGGAGCAAACGAUAAUUUGAGCGCAAAUGGCAAUAAUGGCACAGAAAGUGCUUCACAAACAGUUCGGCGAUUGACAAAGAUUCGAGUGAAAAAGGUUGCUAAAGGAGAUCCUCUAACAGCAGAAAGGUUGAAACUGCAUACACAGAUGAAUCCUCCUGCUUCUUCACAUCGCUGGAGAACGCUACAGACAUUCUUGGCCGUUCAAGCUAAAUACAUUGCAAUGGAUCAACGAGCUCGAGGAGUGCAACCGGCACCAUUACCUUUGACGCAUCCUAAACAUCCAGAGUAUGACAAUUUGAUGAUUCGAACAUCCUCUAAUGAUUCAAAGCGCAAUCAAACAAGCAAUUUGAUCAAGAUUGAUGAGCGUGCACCGAUGAACGCUCAAGAACGCCUUCAAAAGGAAAAAGACAUUCAAUCUGCACGAGAAGCAAGAAGGCGAAAUGCAGUAUCUGCUACAGAAUCACGCAACGUUCUUCCUGCACCGCCAGGCUCACUUUCAGGUCUUAGAGCGCAAACACCCACUGCAGGAUUAGAAAGCCCAGUAGCAGAAGACGAUGCAAUGAAAAGAUUGUCAGCACCCCUUCUCGGAAAUGAAAAUGGAUCAAACCAUAGCAUCCCGAGAAGGAACAAUAAUCUUCCUGCUCCGCCGUAUGGUCGAAUGGGAAGCGUGCAGGAUUUGCGAUCAGUUCCUCAUGCAACAAUCAAAUCACCAGUCAUGGACGUUCCUCCUUCUCCUUCCAGUUCAUUAGCACCACCUUCUGCUCCUUUCAGAUCUUCCACCCCGCAAGCGUUUGGCGGUCACAGAGGAAUGCGUACAACUUCAUCUCAACUCUCUUUGGCGAAUAGUGGAAUUUCCAUGAUUGACAUGCACGUUGGUACAGAAGACAGGAAGGAUCAUAAGUUAGCACAGACUGGAUUCUUGCCUGGAACACCUUUGCAUGCCACUAGUCCAAGUGCUUUCAAUCGAGCAUAUUACGGUUUCCCCGGCGAUGGUGAUGAUACCGAUCAAGGCAGUUUCAGACCUGCCGGUGAUGCAACAAUGCAAAGCAAUGAGCUGGACAAUUCUCAAGAUUACGCAGAGAAGAAACGAAAGAAGGGCGGUCUAAGGGGUUUGUUCAGUAAAAUCUCAGGGAAAGAUUCUUUUGCACUUGAGUCUAGUCAAUCAUCUAGCAUUCUUCAACCUGACGGUCAACGUCAACAAGCCGCAAUGAUGAACAAUCGAAAUUCUCAAUCGCCUUGGACGCUACCUCAGCAACAAGAAUAUCAGUCUCCUCAGAUGAAUCAACAAAUGGAAACCCUCAAUAAUGCACGUUCUCCUUCUGCUUUCCCUACAGCAAGCACGGAAUCGGCAAACGUUGCCUCAGCCAAUGGACCACCGAAGAGGCCACCGAGAAAUCCUUCCAGAGGUACGUCAAGUCAACCCCCUUCGGAAAAUAUGCAAGAAGUGAAUUCCAAUCAAGGUUCUUCGAUGUAUACACAAACCCGUGCGCCAUACAAAGACUAUCCCGGUCCGCAACCGUUCACACAAUCUCAUCAACAACAAUACUUGAUCAACGGACCUACAAGUGGAUAUGGUGUUAAUGCCCAAACUUUCCCUUCUUACGAAGGAGGUGAAAGAGCCAUGCAUACUCGAAGUAGUAGUGCUGGCGGUGGUUUGAACGCUUUUACAUCCGAAUUUGGCGGAGAUGAGAAUGAAAUUAUGGCAGGCACCCGUGAUCGAUCUGUUUCAAGUGGUCCUCCUACAACGCAACAGAGCGGAAAGAAGACUAGAUUAUUGAAAUUACCUUUUGGUAAAAACAAACGUGAAUCAGUUGCCAAUUCGAUUGCUUCAAACAAGGCAGCAGGAACAAACGGUACGCCAAGCUUGAAGAGUCGUAGUUCCAGAGGAACGUUCGAUGAUGUCAACACGGCAAAUUUGUCUUCUGGAAUGAAUGGUUACAGUAACAAUCAAGUGUACGGUCGUCCAAGUUCCACGCUGCCAAACAGAGGUGAUUACCAUGAUCCUUCUUUGAAUAUGCCAUACGGAAAUUAUAGUGAUAUGGAUCAAGCUUAUCCUUCACCACAACCACAAGCUGCAUCUUCUUCCGGCCUAAAACCUUGGCUGCGUGCCAGACGUGGAAGUAGCAAUUUCGACGAAAGGAAUGGUAGCAAUACCGCCUUGCCGUUCCGUAGCCAAUCUGCUCUAGGUAUGAAUGAUCCUAUGGAUGAUCUCGAGGCAGAUGGACGAUCUUCAAGUCGAUUAGGCAAUUCUUCCAACACACCAAAAAAGGGUUUCUUGCCAAGGUUACGCACUAGCAGUCGUGCAGCUUUACGUGCUGUUGAUGAAGAUUGAAAAAAAUGGAAUCGUAGAUGCUCUUCUAAAUGCAAAAUGCCCAUCUUAUCCCCCAAAAAGAGAUGCUCUCUCACCUUUUAAAGACCAUGAACUUUACAUUUAUACUCUUGUAUUGCUUUAACAU